GGAAUCAGCAGGUGCAAAACUGGAACAAUACAAAGAGGGAUGGCAAACGAGUACUAGAAGUUUUUUCAGGCGUUCUAACGAGAAUUCGAACAUUUUUACUUUUUCAAGUACUUAAUACGUUGAUCUAUAAGAAUAUAAGGUAUCUUCUAAUUAUUUCACAUCGGAUUUCAGUACAGAAGAAGAUAAAAUGUAUAAUAAUAACAACAAUAACUUCAACAUUCUUCAAAAUACUUUUCAUAAAGCAUAUCAAAUCUACGCCAGUGCACUGCAGUAUGAGAUGACUCGAGAAAUACACAUCAAUAAAACCAUGAAUAAAAUGGAGAGUGAGGUUAAAUUAAGACUUCAAAAUCUUGACAAAAUUUUGGUAGACUACUAUCAACUGUACAGUGAAAUUGAAAAGGAAACAGCUGUAUAUCUUAAUUGCAAAGCUAAACAGGAGAAGAGAAUUGCCAGAAUAGAAGAAGAGGUCAAGAAAAUAAAGAUCUUAUUGGAAUACAAUGCUUGUCAGGAUAACAAAAUUAGAGAGUUAGAAGAAGAAGUAAAGAAACUGAGGAUUUGGCAGGAAGCAAACAAAAGUCAAAUUCUUGCUGUGGAACCGUCAAAAGCUGAGAAUAAAGAGAAAACUAUGUUAUUGAUGCAGACUCAGAACAUUAUCAAUGAUGAAUAUGUUAAUGAUUUUAUAAAUGAUAAACUAUCAACUAAGCCUAUAGCCAAAAGUGCAUUUACAACAUUGACACAGGCUCAGAAGACUAGUGACAAUGCAAAUGAUUUUAUCAUCAGACAAAAAUCGACCGAAGCUAAAGCUGAAAAUGCAACUAAAUCAGCUGCUCGAGCUGAGAAGACUAACGAUGGCAAGUUAAAUGGUCGCACCCAUGGUAAAGAACGAACAAAAACUAAAACUAAAGUUGGAACUAGAUUAUUGAACCAAUCCCAGAAGAAUAAUGAUGUAAAUAUGAAUAGUUUAUGUAAUACCAAGGAGAAGAAGAAACAUGAAAUUGAGAGUUCAACUGGGUCCUCGACGCAAGCUGAAAAGACUAGUAGCAGCAAUGAUUUUUCUAAAAGUGAAUGCGAAAACUGCAGACCACAUGAUAAGAAUUUAGUUGCUACAAAAGGAAAAAAAUGGAAUAAUCACAACAUCAACACUUGGCUAGAGCAGAAGUUGAAACUGAAUGUUAACGUUAAAGCUUGGAAGCUGACAGUUUUUGGAGAAUACAAUCACUUAGAAUUUGAAGCUCUCGAACACAAGCAGUUCUUGUGGCAAAACAGGGACAAAUGGGAAGAAGAAGGAGUAUGGUCAUGGUUUGAAUGUUGAACACAGCACUUUUUAAACUAAUUUUAUGAAAACAAGUAUACAUAAAAUAAUUUUAUCUAAAAUAUUGUUUGUGACUCAAUCAACACUUUAUGAUUACUUUUUAAAUUUUGAUUCAUGCAGACACUUAUUGUGAUAUUGAUCACAGUGUAAUCAACAUUUUUAAAAAGCUUUUUUUUUAAUUUCUUCACAAUUAUUUUAAGAUAAUGAGUUUGUAAAGUUCAUUAAUUUCUUUUUAUUUAGAGGAAUUAUUUUUUUAUAAAAUUUUGUACUGCAAACAGGUUGCUAAUACGCAAUGAAGUACCUUUAGACUAAUGCGAAUCAUUCUCCAAAGUCUGAUACAUGUAUGUAUGUAGUGAAAAGACAUAGGACACCUGCAUUUUUAUAAUAAAUUGACUUUAUUAUCACAU